AUGGAGGAGUACGGCGCGGGGGACCUCCUGAGCGAGGCCAUGUGCGCCGGCGGGCGGGUGGUGGUGGUGGAGGACUGCGUGGAGGCGCCCGCCGCCUUCGUCCUCCACCUCCUCCUCAAGCGCGCGCUCGCGGCAGCCGGUGGCGCGGCGCUCGGCUGUAACUUGUCCAUGCAUAGGAAGAGUGAGAGGCUUCAUUUCUUUGACUUGCAGGCGUUCCCAGGUGGAACACGGGGAGGUGCCAUUGCUGAUAGCUUAGCUCAGCUGUAUAGUGGCGUUCAGAGAGUGGUGGAGACAUACAGGAGUGGAGAAAAUGCAGGUCGGUUCACGGUUAUGAUAGAUGAUGUUUCACUCUUGGAAGUUGCUGCCAGUGGUUCUGCAGAUGAUGUCUUGGACUUCUUGCAUUAUUGCGUGACACUUACGUCUGAGAUGAAUUGCUCGCUCGUGGUUCUUAUUCAUGAGGAUAUUUAUUCAAGUGAGGAUGGUGUGGGACUUCUCGCACAUCUGCGCUAUAUUGCGGAUCUUGUGAUUAAAGCAGCACCUCUGAGCACUGGUUUAGCCGCUGAUGUUCAUGGACAGCUGUCAGUAAUAAACAAAGGAAUGCUCAUCGAGCAAAGGCCGGCAAAAGGGCGGAAAGUUUGGAACUUCCAUUUUAAGGUGAAGGAAAACGGCGCAGACUUCUUCUACCCAGGGAGCAGACACUAG